UAGCAUGGUGCGGCGGCCGCGCGCGUCGACAUGGGCGAGAAGCUGGAGCUGAGGCUCAAGUCGCCCGUGGGGGCCGAGCCCGCCGUCUACCCGUGGCCUCUGCCGGUCUACGACAAACACCACGAUGCUGCUCACGAAAUCAUCGAGACCAUCCGGUGGGUCUGUGAGGAGAUCCCGGACCUCAAGCUCGCCAUGGAGAACUACGUCCUGAUCGACUAUGACACCAAGAGGCAGACAGAGAGAGAGAUCUUCCAUCUGGUUCACUUCCCAAAUGGCAUCAGCUUUGAGAGCAUGCAGAGGCUGUGUGACAAGUACAACCGCGCCAUCGACAGCAUCCACCAGCUGUGGAAGGGCACCACCCAGCCCAUGAAGCUGAACACGCGGCCGUCCAACGGGCUGCUGCGGCACAUCCUGCAGCAGGUAUACAACCACUCGGUGACCGACCCCGAGAAGCUCAACAACUACGAGCCCUUCUCGCCCGAGGUGUACGGCGAGACCUCCUUCGACCUGGUGGCCCAGAUGAUUGACGAGAUCAAGAUGACGGAGGACGACCUCUUCGUGGACUUGGGCAGCGGCGUGGGCCAGGUCGUGCUCCAGGUCGCCGCGGCCACCAACUGCAAACAUCACUAUGGCGUCGAGAAAGCCGACAUCCCAGCCAAGUACGCGGAGACCAUGGACCGAGAGUUCAGGAAGUGGAUGAAAUGGUAUGGAAAAAAGCAUGCAGAAUACACACUGGAAAGAGGUGACUUCCUCUCGGAAGAGUGGAGGGAGCGCAUUGCCAACACGAGUGUUAUCUUUGUGAAUAACUUUGCCUUUGGCCCUGAGGUGGAUCACCAGCUGAAGGAGCGGUUCGCUAACAUGAAGGAAGGUGGCCGAAUCGUGUCCUCGAAGCCCUUUGCGCCGCUGAACUUCAGAAUCAACAGCAGGAACUUGAGCGACAUUGGCACGAUCAUGCGUGUGGUGGAGCUGUCGCCCCUGAAGGGCUCCGUGUCGUGGACGGGGAAGCCCGUGUCCUACUACCUGCACACGAUCGACCGCACCAUACUUGAAAACUAUUUUUCUAGUUUGAAAAACCCAAAACUCAGGGAGGAACAGGAGGCAGCUCGGCGCCGGCAGCAGCGGGAGACCAAGAGCAACGCCACGACGCCCACCAAGGCCCCCGAGGGCAAGGCGGCCGGGCCUGCGGAGGCCCCCGCGGACUCUGGGGCCGAGGAAGAGAAGGCUGGGGUGACCACUGUCAAGAAGGCCUCUCCCUCCAAGGCCCGGAAGAAGAAGCUGAACAGGAAGGGGAGGAAGAUGGCCGGCCGCAGGCGUGGACGCCCCAAGAAGAUGAGCGCCGUGGACGCGGAGCGCAAGCCCAGGAAGAGCCGCGCGGCGCUGGACGCCCUGCAGGCCCCGGCCGCGCCCGCCACCGCCCCGCCCUCGCCCCAGGAGGCGUACAGGCCCCCCCACAGCCCCUUCUACCAGCUACCUCCGGGCGCGCAGCGGCUCCCCCCCAGCCCGCUGCUCGCGGCACCUACCCCGCCCGCGCUGCAGAAGCUGCUAGAGUCCUUCAAGGUGCAGUACCUGCAGUUCCUGGCCUACACCAAGACCCCGCAGUACAAGGCCGGCCUGCAGCAGCUGCUGCUCCGGGAGAAGGAGAAGAAGGCCCAGCUCCUGGGCACGGCGCGGCAGCUCUUCAGCCACUGCCAGGCCCAGAAGGAGGAGAUCCGCAGGCUGUUCCAGCAGAAGCUGGACGAGCUGGGGGUGAAGGCGCUGACCUACGACGACCUGAUCCAAGCGCAGAAGGAGAUCUCAGCGCACAACCAGCAGCUGCGGGAGCAGUCGGAGCAGCUGGAGCGCGACACCCGGCAGCUCCGGAGCCAGAGCCUGCAGCUGCUCAAGGCGCGCUGUGAGGAGCUGAAGCUGGACUGGGCCACGCUGUCCCUGGAGAAGCUGCUGAAGGAGAAGCAGGCACUCAGGAGCCAGAUCUCGGAGAAGCAGAGGCGCUGCCUGGAGCUGCAGAUCAGCAUCGUGGAGCUGGAGAAGAGCCAGCGGCAGCAGGAGCUGCUGCAGCUCAAGUCCUGUGUGCCGCCCGACGACGCCGCGUCCCUGCACCUGCGUGGAAAAGGCACGCUGGGCCGCGAGCCGGAGGCCGACCCUGGCCGGCUGCACCUCGACCUGGACUGCGCCAAGCGCUGCCUGCCUCACUUCAGUAGCAUGAGCCCAGAGCUCUCCAUGAACGGGCACGCGGCCGGCUACGAGCUGUGCGGUGCGCUCAGCCGGCCGCCGUCCAAGCAGAACACACCGCAGUACCUGGCCUCGCCCCUGGACCAGGAGGUGGUGCCCUGUACGCCCAGCCACAGCGGCCGGCCGCGGCUGGACAAGCUCUCGGCCCUGGCCUUGCCCGAGUGCGCGAGGCUGUCCCCCGCCAGCACACUGCUGCGCAGGCACCCAGGCCAGGACCCCACGGGGCCUGCCAGGGCGGCGGCCGGUGAGCCACCCUCACGGGCCGAGCACGCCAAGGAGAACGGCAUCGCCUACCCGAGCCCCAGCCUGCCCAGCAGCACCAAGCUGAGCCCUCAGGACCCGCGGCCGCCGCCGUCCCCGGGGGCCGUGCCUCUUGUGGGGGAGAAGAGCAGUGAGAAGGGUGUGAAGGAGCGCGCCUACGGCAGCGGCGGAGACACCAUCACCAGCCUGCCCAUCAGCAUCCCGCUCAGCACCGUGCAGCCCAACAAGCUCCCCGUGAGCAUCCCCCUGGCCAGCGUGGUGCUGCCCAGCCGCGCAGAGAAGAGGAGCAGCCCCAGCCCUGUGCCACAGCCCCGAGACUCCGCGUCCACUCUUGACAAGCAGAUCGGUGCUAACGCCCACGGCGCUGGGAGCAGAGGCCUCGCCCUGGCUUCCACAGGUUUCUACGCCGGCUCUGUGGCCGUCACGGGGGCCCUGGGCGGGAGCCCGGCCCCGCUGCUCCCCGGAGUGGAGCUGGCCGCCUUUGACGAGCCCUGCAGCUCGGGCGGCCUCUUCGCGGCUGCCACGCCACAGCACCCGCCCCUGCUCGCCCAGCCCCGCACCUCCGGCCCCACCUCCCCGGCCCACCAGCUCGCCGCCAGCCCCCGGCUCGCCGGGGCCGCCCAGGGCCUGCUCCCUGACACUGGCAAGGGAGACCCGCCCUGUGACGCCGGCUUCUCGGAGCCCGAGAGCGAGGCCAAGAGGAGAGCAGUGUUCGGCGUCGCGGCCGGGCCCGGCAGCGCCAAGCAGUCGCCCUCCAACAAGCACAGCCCCCUGACCUCCGGCCCCCGCGGGGACAGCGGGCAGGGCCACGGGCAGGACAGCCGCAGGCGCGGCCGCAGGAAGCGCGCGUCAGCCGGGGCUGGGACGGCCAGCCUGGGCGCGGGCAUGUCUCCGAAGCGCCGGGCCCUGCCGUCCGUCGUGGGGCUCUUCACCGCGUCCUCAGGGUCCCCCCUCAACCUGAGCUCCAUGGUCAGCAACAUCAACCAGCCCCUGGAGAUCACGGCCAUCUCGUCCCCCGAGAACUCGCUGAAGAGCUCCCCCGUGCCCUACCCGGACCACGACCAGCCGCCCGUGCUGAAGAAGGAGCGGCCCCUGGGCCCCCCCAACGGGGCCCACUACUCCCCGCUCACCUCGGACGAGGAGCCGGGCUCCGAGGACGAGCCUGGCAGCGCUCGGAUCGAGAGGAAGAUCGCAACCAUCUCCUUAGAGAGCAAAUCUCCCCCGAAGAACCUGGAGAACGGUGGCGGCCUGGUGGGGAGGAAGCCAACGCCCGCGAGCGAGCCGGGCAGCAGCGGCAAGUGGAAGUCCACCUUCUCGCCCAUCUCCGACGUCAGCCUCACCAAGUCGGCCGACAGCCCGCUGCAGGCCAACUCCACCCUCAGCCAGGCCACCCUGUUCGCGUUCCGACCGGCCCUGGACGAUCCGGUGGCAGCCGAUGCCAAACUGGCCGCCCACCCCAGGAAGAGCUUUGCCGGCUCCCUCUCGGGGGCCGACGGCCACAGCCCGGGCACCAACCCCACCAACGGCUUCGCCUUGGGCUCUGGCCUGGCCUCGGAGCUCGGCCUGCACGGCUUCAGCGACGGUGCUUCCCUCCCCCACAAGGGCCCCUCGGAGGCCAACCCCUUCCUGAACAAGAGGCAGCUGGAGGGCCUGGGCGAGCCGGCGGGACCCCCGGACAAGGCCGGCCCGCCCCAUGGCAGCCGGGCCAGCAAGGGGCGGGACCGCGAGCCCGACAGCAAGAACGGCCACAACCUCUUCAUCUCGGCGGCCGCCGUGCCCCCCGGGAGCCUCCUGGGCGGCCCUGGCCUCGUCACGGCGGCGCCCUCUGUGGGCAGCACGGCUCCGGCCAGCCAGGCGCACCGCCCCUUCCUGGGCACGUUCGGCCCGGGGCCGCAGUUCACCAUGGGCCCCAUGUCCCUGCAGGCCAACCUCAGCUCGGUGGCCGGCUCGUCCGUGCUGCAGUCCCUGUUUGGCUCCGUGCCGGCCGCCGCGGGCCUGGUGCACGUGUCUUCCGCCGCGGCCAGACUCACCAACUCCCACACUAUGGGCAGCUUCUCCGGGGUGGCAGGCGGAGCCGUUGGAGGUGUCUUUAACCACGCGGCGCCUCCCGCCUCUGCGCAUCCGUUCGGAGCCGGUGUCGGCAGCGGGGCCGUGUGUGGCAGCGCCGCGGUGGGCCUGGGCCCGCUGCAGGCGGCGGCCGACACGGGGCCGCCCCCUCCGCCUCCCCCGCUGCCCCCUCCUCAGCACCUGGGCCGGCCCCCCGCGGGGCCGCCCGCCCUCCCGCACGCCCCGCCUCCGCCUAACGUGGCCUUGCCUGCUCCCCCCGCGCUGCUGGCCGCUCCCCCCGAGCCCGUGCUAACGCAGAGCCUCGCGCCCGGCCCGGCUAACCAAGCGCUUCCCGCCCCCGCCUCCGCCACCUCCCUGCCGCGCGCUAACACCUGUGUGUCUGUCAAGCUCGCCCCCCUCCCGCACAAGGCCUCCCGCCCCUCCUUCACGGCGCACCCCCCGCCCCCGCCCCGCCUCCCGCAGGCCGGCCCCGCGGCCCCGCCCGCUCUCUGGGUUUCCCUUGGCAUGCCGCCUCCUUAUGCCGCGCGCCUCGCGGGGGUUAAGCCGCGAGCAGACCUUUAGCUAGCAGUGCGUGUGUAAGGUAACUAGGACUUCUACCUCAACUGCGACCUAUGCAAGGACGGCGUGGACCAAGGACGCCGGCGGCGGGGGGGGGGGCGCGGAGGGACUGCGGCCCCGACCCACGGACGCCGCCCGAGUCCUGCGGGAAACAGGAUGAGCCGACACGCCCGCCGGCUGCCCCACCUCGGUGCUGACCGCCGCCGCAGCCCCCCCCUCCCCCCGUACCAAAGGCUCCCCCCCAGGAGGGGCUUCCCCCCCCCCCAGGGCUCGGCCCGUGGCCCCCAGGGCGCCUGCCUGCGCGACAAGUGCAUUACUGUCCCGGGCCCUGGCCGCGCCCCCUGCUGGCCGGCGGCAGUAUUUUAUAGAUGGAUGAGAUUUGUACGUUCAGAGACGCGACGGCAUCUAUUUUUAGAUUGUAUAAUGCACAGAUGUACAGCAGAGCAAGGGGAAAUUCUUUAUUUAUUCGAGUGCACAACUGUGGCGUCGGCCCAGUGCCUCUCCGCGCAGGGACCACUGGGGCGGGGCCUGGCUCUGGGGGCGUGGUGGUGGGCGGGCCGGCCAGGACCCUGCCCAGCCCCUCGGCCCCCUCACAGCCCCGCCCCAGCAAUAGUGAAGUCUGAAGAUGGUGCUCGGACCCGGUUCACGCCGGCCCACCCUCCCUCGGUGCUCUUGGCUCAUAGGUGCUGCGCCCCACGCCUGCCCCGGCCGGGGCGGCCCUGCUCAGCGUGGGGAACCGAGGGCCACCCCUCAUCCCGGCUCCCCAGCCGCCCCAGGGUGGACAGUAGCGACGUCACACAUGCAGGUCCCCGGUCUAGAACAAUGCACGUCCCGAGACAAACACUGUACCCCCCUGCCCGCGCCCCGGCCGGCACGUGAGCUGACCGAGCAGCCGCACCAGGUCGAGCCGAGCUGCUGGGCGACGGCUCCCGCUCAGGAAUCGGCCAGGUCGCCCGCCCCGGCGCUCGCCGGCGCUCCCCUCAUCUGCCCAGGACGGCGACUUAUUUAACACCCCCCCCCCCGUUAUUUAUCUCCCGCAGGACCCCGUCCUGCGUCCCCGCCCGGGCUCCGUGGUCGGCUCUGUGCUCACUGUCACGGCCCCUCCCCGCGGGGGUCGCUCUGCACUUUGUGGUCCCACCUGCAGCCGCUGUUAAUAAAGAGACAU